AUGGUUUUGAAUAGAGUUGGAUUGGACGUCUUUGGUGCUGGAACUGAUACAACACAUUCAGUUAUGGAAUGGGGAAUGUCAGAACUUCUAAAGAAUCCUGAAAUCUUGCAGAAAUUGCAGGCUGAGGUAAGAGAAGUGACUCAAGGAAAACCAGAAAUAACUCGAGAUGAUAUGGAGAAAAUGCAGUACUUAAAAGCAGUGAUUAAAGAAACUCUACGACUUCAUACUCCAGUUCCAUUAUUGGUUCCUCGAGAAUCAAUUCAAGACGUCAAAGUAAUGGGGUAUGAUAUACCAAAGAGCACACAAGUAUUUGUGAAUGCUUGGGCAAUUGCAAGAGAUCCCAUGUUAUGGGAGAACCCUGAGGAGUUUCGACCUGAGAGGUUUUUGGAUUCCAGUUUAGACUUUCGUGGUUUGAAUUUUGAGUUAAUUCCGUUUGGUGCUGGACGAAGAAUUUGCCCGGGUAUCUACUUUGCCAUAUCAGUAAAUGAACUUGCAUUGGCAAAACUGGUCAACAAAUUUAACUUUACAUUACCUGAUGGAAUCAAACCAAACGAUUUGGAUAUGACUGAAGCACCUGGUGUCACGAUCCACAGAAAACUUCCUCUGCAUGCCAUUGCCACACCAUAUUCCUUCUAAUGUCUUUGUUUAUGAUGUUUUCAUCUUUACUUGUUUUGUUUCAUUUCUAGUGAAGUUCUUGCAAGUAAUUUAUGGUAAUGGGUUCUUGUUUGCAAAAGUUUAAAUUGAUAAUGCUAAUUAAGGUAUAUCUAGUUCACUGAUAAUGUUAGAAUUUUGUAGUGCCUCAACCCCUCUCUUGGGUGUGCUUAUCGUGGGUUCAAUCAUAUGUAUAUUACCGUUCUUAUA